AUGACAACCGCGUUUGCAGUCCCGCCACAACUGCGCAUAUCCGCACUGAAAGACAACACAAAUCGUGCACUAAUCGACACAGACACACAAACAGACGAGGGGAACCAAUCAAUCACGGUUACAAUGAGGACCAAUGAAGCGGAGGGAGCACUAAUGGACACAUGUGAUCCAAUCACAAACUAUCGAAUCACAAUCGCAUAUCCAGACAAUUCCACUCUCAGCCAUACUACGGGAUCACCAACCGAGACUAUCCCAUUGAACCGAUCUUGCGUACAAUGUAUCGUGGUGGCUCAAGCACAAACCGAACACGGAUAUGGUCCGAACUCGGAACCACGCUCUACCACAUUCGGACCGACACCGAAUCGACCGAGCAAUGUGCAAGCUGUACCGGAUCCGACGGUGAUGAAUGGGACGGAAAUCACAUGGUCACCGGGACCUGUAGACCCGAGUGAUGAAAGUGAUCCGAGUGGGGACGAGGAGGAGAAGGACGUGUACAUAGUUGGAAUAACCAAUGAAGACGGAACACCGGUCACAAAUGUGACCACUAAUCAAACCAAAAUCGCUGUUCCCACACUGGACCCCUGUCGAGUAUACCAUAUCUCGGUUAGAGCAAGCAACAAAUAUGGGUCUAGCAGUAAGCCGACAGAUCCGAUCGCCUAUAUAGGAAGUAGAGUUCCCGGGGCACCUCGGAUAACAUCAACCAAUGCGGUAGAAGAAGAUUGGCUCCUCACAUGGUCCAGUUCAGCAUUGUGUGAGUUCCGAAUUUAUGAUGUGGUCAUCACAGAGGGAAAUGUUACCACAACAGAAGUUGCAGCAUUGGCAAAAUCAGUCAUCGCAUAUCGUGACCUUACUCAAACAGCCGUACUUAUCAAACAUCUGCCGUCAUGUGCAACUUACACCGUCAGAGUGAUUGGGUUGACAAAUGCAGGUCUCAAGCUAUCGUCACAACCUCAGCAAGUCUAUUUUGCGGGAGAGAAACUUCGACCGAUCGAUAUGAAAGUACGAGUGGAAAACAGCCACAUUCAACUGUCUUGGAACGACCCUGGAAGGUGUCGUGUCACAACUCACAAUAUCACUAUCACCAAUGCUGGCACGGAUAGAUCCGUGUAUUCAGAACUUUGGCAGAACAACUCCGGCACUGUGAACGUGAACGUACAACCGUGUAGUCGCUAUCAGGUAGAAGUGCAUUCACAGCCGGUCACCGAUGUUCACGGUCCCUCAGCUACAAAACAGAUUGAAGUUCCACCAACACCACGAAUUGUCAAGCUUCCUGGUGGAUCAACUCCAGCACAUCGCGUAAAGAUUGAGAUAGAUACAACAUGUCAAGAAACAGCAGAAAUAGAUGCACAAAUCCGAUUGGCAAAUGGGACAGAAAUGAAUAUCACCGUUCAGCCUGAUACAUACGGACAAGCAACUUUGGACAAGUUGUGUACAGAUUGUGAAAUCAACUUGGUUGGAAGAAAUGAGUACGGGACCAGCAAGCAAACGGGUGAAAUCCGUAUUGGUCGUGAAUAUGGUCGACCACUGCAAAAGCUGAGCAUAUUGCCACUGUUAGCAUGCGGUGUGGUGAUCGUCGUGUACAUUGUCUAUUCAAUAUACAUACACAGUAUUCGCAAAUACCAUUUCAUUGUUGUGUACCUGUCUGGCUCAUCCAAACCGGUUGAUUUCAAUUCUUUGCCACUCACGUGA